AUGAAUGGAAAGCUUUGUAAAGAUACACUGAAUGAGUGGAACCUGGCCUCUUUGAUUCUAAAGUUUGAGGGUAAGUAAAACUGACAAAUUCCUUUUUGAGAGUGAGGAGCUUUUGGGGGAAAAAAACACAGAUUUUAAUUGACCCUGUGUAAAACAGCAUCUACGUCUUCCACAUUGUCAUCGGUAACCAAUAGUACAAUCUUAAUGGAAACUUGAAAGACUUAACUUCACCAGAGCCUCUUAGAACCAUGCAACCACUUUGGGACUAAAUACAUUACAUGCUGCCAUAGAUAGUGACCAACUUGACACAUAACACACAUCACAGGCUGGGAGCAGCUCAUGGGCACUUAGGGGUAAAGUGUCUUGCUCAAGGGCACAACAGCAGUAGGUAGUAUACAGCAAUAUUGUAGCUGGUAACCCUCUGGCUGACGGAUAACUCCUUGCAGAUUUCCCCGCAGGCAGCCCGCGGCUUCAAAUAUCGGCCUGCCUUUCUAACCUCGAAGCUACUGCCGCCCCUAUUAAUUUUGCUCUUUCCUCACUCACUUGCCUUUGUUCAACCAUUUCACCUGGCUUAUCAACCCUUCCCUCAAAGUAUUAAAUUUAGAAAUGUGGGUGAAACUAUCCCUUAAAAUCUCCCCACUAGCGGUUAAGCCUAGCGGUUAAGAACGUUAGGCCAGUAACUGAUAGGUCGCUGGUUUGAAUUCCCGAGCCAGCAAGGUGGAAUAAUCUGCCGUUCUGCCCUUGAGCAAGGGACUAACCCCCAACAACCACUGCUCCCCGGGUGCCGAAGACGUGGAUGUGGAUUUAAGGCAGUCCCCCGCACCUUUCUGAUUCAGAGGGGUUGGGUUUAAUGGAUUCAGUUGUGCAACUGAUUAGGUACCCCCUUUCCCUUUUAGCCUCUCUUUUGCAGCAGAAGAGAUGGACCAGGAAACACUCUUGCUUUUGGAUGACUUGUGGUGGAAAUUCUAAUCAAGUGAGAGAGACUUUGUAAUUUCUUCAAACAAUCAUCUUAAUUUAUAUACAGUUGAAGAUGGAAGUUUACAUACACUUAGGUUGGAGUCAUUAAAACUCAUUUUUCAACCACUCCACAAAUUUCUUGUUAACAAACUAUAGUUUUGGCAAGUCGGCUAGGAGAUCUACUUUGUGCAUGACACAAGUAAUUUUUCCAACAAUUGUUUACAGACAGAUUAUUUCACUUAUAAUUCACUGUAUCAGAAUUCCAGUGGGUCAGACGUUUACAUACACUAAGUUGACUGUGCCUUUUUUAAACAGCUUGGAAAAUCCCAGAAAAUGAUGUCAUGGCUUUAGAAGCUUCUGAUAGGCUAAUUGACAUCAUUUGAGUCAAUUGGAGGUGUACCUGUGGAUGUAUUUCAAGGCCUACCUUCAAACUCAGUGCCCUUUGCUUGACAUCAUGGGAAAAUCUAAAGAAAUCAGCAAAGACCUCAGAAAACAAAUUGUAGACGUUCCACAAGUCUGGUACAUCCUUGGGAGCAAUUUCCAAAUGCCUGAAGGUACCACGUUCAUCUGUACAAACAAUAGUACGCAAGUAUAAACACCAUGGGAACACGCAGCUGUCAUACCGCUCAGGAAGGAGACACAUUCUGUGUCCUAGAGAUGAACGUGUUUUGGUGCGAAAAGUGCAAAUCCAAUCCCAGAACAACAGCAAAGUACCUUGUGAAGAUGCUGGAGGAAACAGGUACAAAAGUAUCUAUAUCCACAGUAAAACAAGUCCUAUAUCGACAUAACUUGAAAGGCCGCUCAGCAAGGAAGAAGCCACUGCUCCAAAACCAGACUACGGUUUCCAACUGCACAUGGGGACAAAGAUCGUACUUUUUGGAGAAAUGUCCUUAAUCAUCUGAUUAAACAAAAAUAGAACUGUUUGGCAAUAAUGACCAUCGUUAUGUUUGGAGGAAAAAGGGGGUUCUUGCAAGCCGAAGAACACCAUCCCAACCGUGAAGCACGGGGGUGGCAGCAUCAUGCUGUGGGGGUGCUUUGCUGCAGAAGGGACUGGUGCACUUCACAAAAUAGAUGGCAUCAUGAGGAAGGAAAAUUGUGGAUAUAUUGAAGCAACAUCUCAAGACAUCAGUCAGGAAGUUAAAGCUUGGUCGCAAAUGGGUCUUCCAAAUGGACAAUGACCCCAAGCAUACUUCCAAAGUUGUGGCAAAAUGGCUUAAGGACAACAAAGUCAAGGUAUUGCAGUGGCCAUCACAAAGCCCUGACCUCAACCCUAUAGAAAAUGUUUGGGCAGAUCUGAAAAAGCAUGUGCGAACAUAGAGGCUUACAAACCUGACUCAGUUCCACCAGCUCUGUCAGGAGGAAUGGGCCAAAAUUCACCCAACUUAUUGUGGGAAGCUUGUGGAAGGCAACCCGAAAUGUUUGACCCAAGUUAAACAAUUUAAAGGCAAUGCUACCAAAUACUAAUUGAGUGUAUGUAAACUUCUGACCCACUGGGAAUGUGAUGAAAUAAAUGCUGAAAUAAAUCAUUCUCUCUACAAUUAUUCUGACAUUUCACAUUCUUAAAAUAAAGUAGUGAUCCUAACUGACCUAAGACAGGGAAUUUUUUUUAGGAUUAUAUGUCAGGAAUUGUGAAAAACUGAGUUUAAAUGUAUUUGGCUAAGGUGUAUGUAAACUUCCGACUUCAACUGUAUAUAUUACUGUAUAUAAACCCCUAUUGGUUUAUGCAGACCCGCUAACCAUUAUUAUUAUUAUGGAGGCUAUAACUAUACAGUGCGUUCAGAUAGUACUCAGACCCCUUGACUCUUUCCACAUUUUGUUAUGUUACAGCCUUAUUCUUAAAUGUAUAACAUAAAAAAAAUGUCAUCAAUCUACACACAAUACCCAUAAUGACAAAGCGAAAACAGGUUUUUAUAAUUUUUUGCAAAUGUAUAAAACAUUUAAAACAGAAAUGCCUUAUUUACAUAAGUAUUCAGACCCUUUGCUAUGAGACUCGAAAUUGAGCUCAGGUGCAUCCUGUUUCCAUUGAUCAUCCUUGAGCUGUUUCUACAACUUGAUUGGAAUCCACCUGUGGUCAAUUCAAUUGAUUGGACAUGAUUUGGAAAGGCACACACCUGUCAGGUCCCACAGUCGACAGUGCACGUCAGAGCAAAAACCAAGCCAUGAAGUCGAAGGAAUUGUCCGUAGAGCUCCGAGACAGGAUUGUGUCAAGGCACAGAUCUGGGGAAGUGUACCAAAAAAUGUCUGCAGCAUUGACGUUCACCAAGAACACAGUGGCCUCAAUCAUUCUUAAAUGGAAAAAGUUUGGAACCACCAAGACUCUUCCUAGAGCUGGCCGCCCGGCCAAACUGAGCAAUCGGGGAAGAAGGGCCUUGGUCAGGGAGGUGACAAAGAACCCGAUUGUCUGAUAGUACUCACAAAUGUCGAUGAGUUAAAGCAGUUCUUCAUGCAAGAGUGGGUGUUAUGGAGUGUAAGGGGGCAAUUACUUUUUCACACAGGGGAAUUGGGUGUUACAUAACUUUAAUUAGAUGAAUAAAUAUAUAUUCAGGUUCCCUUUAUCUAAUAUUAGGUUUUGGUUGAAGAUCUGAUAACAUUCACUGUCACAAAUAUGCAAAAAGAGAGAAAAUAAGAAAUGGGUUAAAUACAUGUAAGGGGUUAAAAAAAAUAUUUAAAAAAAAGUCAGGAUCUUUCUUAUGUCUCAGAUAUAGGACUGACACUUCAGAACAAACUUCCUUGAGAUUUUUUGGGGACAAUCUGUUCCAUGUAGUGAAUCUCUUAUUAAAUGCGUAUGUAUGGAAUAAUAGCAGUAAGGUCAUCAAAUAGUUUUUGUGUCGUAAUUUUUUUAAUACUUUUUUUAAAUAGUUCAAGGAGUCUUAAAAUUCUAAAUCAAAUAGCAAAAUUAUCCUUGGUAUGACCUUAAAACAAUUCCAUAUAGCUUAGUAGAACACCCCCCCUCCCCCCUCCCUUGACUGGCACUACUUUGAUGUCAGCGUGGUGGCAGCAGAAUCACGCCCCGGAUGCCCGGGGCAGGCACGGGGGUGGGGGGGGUGGAUGGGGGGCGACACACGUCCUGCAGGAACCAAUAUGUCUCUCCUACUCCAAACAAAAGGAACCGGUUUAGGGCUUCCCCCAUGUUUGCCAGUGGCAUACCACGAUAGGGAAAGGGGGUCCUCCUAGGUCCCCGGCACGCCUGGGGCAGCUGGGCUGGUCCGUCUGGGGGACGAGAAGGACUCAUGCUCUGGGCCAGGGCGGGGCGGGACUCUCUCUCUGGGCUUAAUUGGCACAGUGCUCUCAGCAGGUGACUAUUGUUGAGGUAAAAGAAGAUUAGCAGCACGUCGCUAACUAACGGAGUAGGCCCUAGCCACAGCACUGAUAGGUAACAGCCAGAUACGGAGAGUCACUGUGGAAGGAGGUUAAUAAUCAUAUAUGGUCUGAGCAGGAGGAGUGGGGGGUUAACACUAAAUGGAGUUAAGGAGGGGCCAGGUGGAAGUUAAGAGGCCCCCCGUGAAGAAGUCAAGCGUGCCAGGCUGUGACUUUAGACACUCUCCACAGGUGCUCUGGAGAGCACGUGGCGAACAUUGUUUGACUAUUAUUGUAGGCAACCCUGUUUAUAUUGGGGUAAAUUAGUAAAUAGUAUGAUGACACACACAACAUCUACGGAGUAGGUUGCUGAUUUGCAUAAUAUGUGCCAAAGCAGUCAAUGGUUUACUUUGAUGGUUCUUGAAAAAUCAGGUGCUUCAAAUGUACUAAGCCCAUACAGUGAGGGGAAAAAAGUAUUUGAUCCCCUGCUGAUUUUGUACGUUUGUCCACUGACAAAGAAAUGAUCAGUCUGUAAUUUUAAUGGUAGGUUUAUUUGAACAGUUAGAGACAGAAUAACAACAAAAAAAUCCAGAAAAACGCAUGUCAAAAAUGUUAUAAAUUGAUUUGCAUUUUAAUGGGGGAAAUAAGUAUUUGACCCCUCUGCAAAACAUGACUUAGUACUUGGUGGCAAAACCCUUGUUAGCAAUCACAGAGGUCAGACGUUUCUUGUAGUUGGCCACCAGGUUUGCACACUUCUCAGGAGGGAUUUUGUUCCACUCCUUUUUGCAGAUCUUCUCCAAGUCAUUUAGGUUUCAAGGCUGACGUUUGGCAACUCGAACCUUCAGCUCCCUCCACUGAUUUUCUAUGGGAUUAAGGUCUGGAGACUGGCUAAGCCACUCCAGGACCUUAAUGUGCUUCUUCUUGAGCCACUCCUUUGUUGCCUUGGCCGUGUGUUUUGGGUCAUUGUCAUGCUGGAAUACCCAUCCACGACCCAUUUUCAAUGCCCUGGCUGAGGGAAGGAGGUUCUCACCCAAGAUUUGACAGUACAUGGUCCCGUCCAUCGUCCCUUUGAUGCGGUGAAGUUGUCCUGUCCCCUUAGCAGAAAAACACCCCCAAAGCAUAAUGUUUCCACCUCCAUGUUUGACGGUGGGGAUGGUGUUCUUGGGGUCAUAGGUGCAUUCCUCCUCCUCCAAACACGGUGAGAUGAGUUGAUACCAAAGAGCUCCAUUUUGGUCUCAUCUGACCACAACACUUUCACCCAGUUCUCUGAAUCAUUCAGAUGUUCAUUGGCAAACUUCAGACGGCCCUUUAUAUGUGCUUUUUUGAGCAGGGGGACCUUGCGGGAGCUGCAGGAUUUCAGUCCUUCACGGCGCAGUGUGUUACCAAUUGUUUUCUUGGUGACUAUGGUCCCAGCUGCCUUGAGAUCAUUGACAAGAUCCUCCCAUGUAGUUCUGGGCUGAUUCCUCACCGUUCUCAUGAUCAUUGCAACUCCACGAGGUGAGAUCUUGCAUGGAGCCCCAGGCCGAGGGAGAUUGACAGUUAUUUUGUGUUUCUUCCAUUUGCGAAUAAUCGCACCAACUGUUGUCACCUUCUCACCAAGCUGCUUGGCGAUGGUCUUGUAGCCCAUUCCAGCCUUGUGUAGGUCUACAAUCUUGUCCCUGACAUCCUUGGAGAGCUCUUUAGUCUUGGCCAUGGUGGAGAGUUUGGAAUCUGAUUGAUUGAUUGCUUCUGUGGACAGGUGUCUUUUAUACAGGUAACAAGCUGAGAUUAGGAGCACUCCCUUUAAGAGUGUGCUCCUAAUCUCAGCUCGUUACCUGUAUAAAAGACACCUGGGAGCCAGAAAUCUUUCUGAUUCAGAGGGUGUCAAUUACUUAUUUCCCUCAUGAAAAUGCAAAUCAAUUUAUAACAUUUUUGACAUGCGUUUUUCUGGAUAUUUUUGUUGUUAUUCUGUCUGUCACUGUUCAAAUAAACCUACCAUUAAAAUUAGAAUGAUCAUUUCUUUGUCAGUGGGCAAACGUACAAAAUUAGCAGGGGAUCAAACUUUUUUCCCUCACUGUAGUUCACAUAUGUGUUAAUGGUUUAGGUAGUGGUCAGUGCUGGUGAUUUAUAAUAUAAAUAUAAUAUGCCAUUUAGCAGACUCUUUUAUCCAAAGCGACUUACAGUCAUGUGCGCAUAAAUGUUUUAUGUAUGGGUGGUCCCGGGGAUCGAACCCACUACCCUGGCGUUACAAGUGCCAUGCUCUACCAAUUGAGUUACAGAGGACCACAUUUAGACCUUGUUCAACUAAGGUGAAAUCCUAACUUGAAAUGCAUGUUCUUAACUCCUAGUGGAGAACAUCAUACAGGUCCUUAGCCUGUGUUGUUAAUCUAAACAUAAUUUAACACAGAAUUUACCUUCAGUGGAUUACUAAUAAUGGAUUACUUCAUCAAUCACUCGUCUUUUACUGAAACUCAGGCUGGGAUUCAAUCUGAUCCGCACUGUAGCGCAGGUCACUCUUUAUACAGCCGACAAUUCGGCUUUCAAAAGCGUUUCCCCCUACAUUUGCAGAUAUUGCAUUCAUGGUAAACGCUGCAUGUAGGCUCAACCGUAAAUUACCUAUAGAAGUGGAAUGCUCUAUAGUUCUGCUUGGAUAGAAUCCUGGCCUCAAAUCUAUAGUUUCUGGAGCCAACAUGUUGACUCAGUGUGAGCCAGGCCCCAUGCAGACAGGGAACAGUCCAAAAGGCCUGUUUACCACUUCACAACAGGUUGCAGGCAGCCAGAGUGGCCCGCUUGUUGCCCAACAAAUCCAUUGUCUGCAGCCCCCUGUCAUUACAGCUCUCUGCAGGGGAAGUGCAGCAGAGAAAGGGCCGGCCGAGCUGACAUCUGUGUCAGGGCCACGGGGUUAGACUCCCAGGUAGCCCACCUGUACAGCCUCAUUACUGGCCCUAAACACGGAGCAAUUAACUGGACAACUGGCUAAGAGGUGGGGGGGGGGGGUCCGAAUGGAUAGUAUGGUAGUCGCCGUCUAGCCGAAGAUGGUUGGAGGAGUGGAGGGGGGAUAGAGGGAAAGGAUAUGGAGGCAUAGACAGAUGUAGAGAGAGAGCUGUGGAGAUAUGGAUGGAGGGAUAGACAGCUGUGAAGGGGUAAAGGAGUGAAGGGAUGGAUGGAGGCAGAGCUUGGUGAAGGGGGUAUGGAGGGAGUUAAAAGACAGUUCACGCAAAUUAUACAAUUAGUUAUUGGUUUCCUUACAGUGUAAGCAGUCUAUGGACAAGGUACAGUAUGACAGCAAUCCAUGCUUUGGUUUUGUUUAACUGGCCACUGCAAAUUCAAUGCAAGUCAAUGGUACCAAUAUCAGCAAUUUUUGCACGUCAUAUCCAAAUAAUCCGAAAGUAUCUCAAAUUGAUUGUAUAGCUCUAUGAAAUUACUUAUAGAUGAUUUGGACAUAAAGCGCAAAAAAAUAUAAUAUCGGUAACAUUGACUUGCAAUGAAUUUGUACCACAAAUGCUAAAAAGGCAGCAUUUGGUUUCAGUGGCCUUGUCCAUAGACUGCUUACAGGGUAAGGAAAUCAAUAUAUUAUUUUGUAAUUUGGAUUAACUUUAAGGGGAUGGAGGGGCAGGGGAGGGGUGCUCUGGGAGUGUGGUGCCAGGAAAAUAACCUCUCACUCAACGUUAACAAAACAAAGGAGAUGAUCGUGGACUUCAGGAAACAGCAGAGGGUGCACCCACCUAUCCACAUCGACGGGACUGCGUGGAGAAGGUGAAAAGCUUCAAGUUCCUUGGCAUACACAUCACUGACAAACUGAAAUGGACCACCCACACAGACAGUGUGGUGAAGAAGGCGGAACAGAGCCUCUUCAACCUCAGGAGGCUGAAGAAAUGUGGCUUUGCACCUAAAACCCCCACAAACUUUUACAGAUGUACAAUUGAGAGCAUCCUGUCUGGCUGUAUCACCGCCUGGUACGGCAACUGCACCGCCCGCAACCGCAAGGCUAUCCAGAGGGUGGUGCGGUCUGCCCAACACAUUACCGGGGGCAAACUACCCGCCCUCCAGGACAUCUACAGAACCCGAUGUCACAGGAAGGUCAAAAAUAUCAUCAAGGACAUCAACCACCCGAGCCACUGCCUGAUCACCCUGCUAUCAUCCAGAAGGCGAGGUCAGUACAGGUGCAUCAAAGCUGGGACCGAGAGACUGAAAAACUGAUUCUAUCUCAAGGCCAUCAGACUGUUAAACAGCCAUCACUAGCACAUUAGAGGGUGCUGCCUAUAGUCAUAGACUAGAAAUCACUGGCCACUUUAAGAAAUGGAACACUAGCCAUUUUAAUAAUAUUUACAUAUCUUGCAUUACUCAUCUUAUACACUACCGUUCAAAAGUUUGGGGUCACUUAGAAAUGUCCUUGUUUUCGAAAGAAAAGCACUUUUUUUGUCCAUUAAAAUAACAUAAAAUUGAUCAGAAAUACAGUGUAGACAUUGUUAAUGUUGUAAAUGGCUAUUGUAGCUGGAAACGGUUGAUUUUUUAAAUGGAAUAUCUACAUAGGUGUACAGAGGCCCAUUAUCAGCAACCAUCAGUCCUGUGUUCCAAUGGCACGUUGUGUUUGCUAAUCCAAGUUGAUAAUUUUAAAAGGCUAAUUGAUCAUUAGAAAACCCUUUUGCAAUUAUGUUAGCAAAGCUGAAAACUGUUGUGCUGAUUAAUGAAGCAAUAAAACUGGCCUUCUUGAGACUAGUUGAGUAUCUGGAGCAUCAGCAAUUGUGGGUUCGAUUACAGGCUCAAAAUGGCCAGAAACAAAUAACUUUCUUCUGAAACUCGUCAGUCUAUUCUUGUUCUGAGAAAUGAAGGCUAUUCCAUGCGAGAAAUUGCCAAGAAACUGAAGAUCUUGUACAACGCUGUGUACUACUCCCUUCACAGAACAGCGCAAACUGUCUCUAAUCAGAAUAGAAAGAGGAGUGGGAGGCCCCGGUGCACAACUGAGCAAGAGGACAAAUACAUUAGAGUGUCUAGUUUGAGAAACAGACGCCUCACAGGUCCUCAACUGGCAGCUUCAUUAAAUAGUACCCGCAAAACACCAGUCUCAACAGUGAAGAGGCGACUCCGGGAUGCUGACCUUCUAGGCAGAGUUGCAAAGAAAAAGCCAUAUCUCAGACUUGCCAAUAAAAAAAUAAAGAUUAAGAUGGGCAGUCUGAGAUUUGGCUUUUUCUUAUCAACUCUGCCUAGAAGCUGUUCAGGGUUCCCCUGCUCGCACACACACACACACACACACACACGUACCUACACACGCAUUAAUACAUACAAAGACACACAUACACAAACACGCACACACACUCACACAAUCACUCCCUCACUCACACAUAAGGGUGCCUUCAAACCAAAAUGCAUUAAACGCAGUGUUGUGGUGGGAUGCAAAGAAAAUGAAAUUAUUAGCUAGAAAUGCUGUUCUACGUUAAACUUUUCUGAUGGAAAAGGCAUUGAGGGCAAAGUGUGGAUUUGGAUGAGAAGGGAGAAUCUGCCAGGGAUAAGGGACGGAUUUGGGUAUGAAAGACCAAAAAGGUCAAGAAAACCUGUAGCAACUUUUUGCAUGUAUUCAUAUCACACCCUUUGCUUAUAUAUAGUGACCAAAACAGAAGAUACAUUUUUCUACAAUACAUAAUUUCCACAGACAUGUUGAAACAGACCAUGUUGAUAAAACAUUUUUAGGAAACUACAUCAGUUACUGUAAGAGCAGUUAAGCUACUUUAUGUAGCUCAUUCUUGAGUCCGAAAAGUAAGAUAAUAAUGAUCUAAAAUGAAGCCGGCAGGAGGGCAGAGGGCGGUGGUGUCAAACCCCUGACAGACGGACACACAGAGUAGGAGGGAGAGAGGGGAAAACGGUCAUUCAUUUAACACAAAGGUGCAAUGACAACACUUAGGCCUUUUACUGCUAGUGGUUUAUCUUUUUUUUUUUUUUUUUUAGGUCAUUUAGCUGACGCUCUUAUCCAGAGCAACUUACAUAUUAUCUGGCACUGGUAUAGCGCAAAGUGUCACAAAAAAUGUAGCAGAGCCUGUGGUCUUGCGGUAACUGUCCCCAGCUUCAAAUACAUAUAUUGCUCCACCAGAGGUUUCAAUCAUUCUCCCACUUUCCUGCCUGGGUACCAAUAAUAUCUACUUUCUUCUGAAGUAUGCACACAGUCACUACUUCACACAAACCUAAAAGCAAUGGAUUGGUGGAGGCAUGGGCUAGUGUUCCCACCAUUUUCUAACGUGGGUCACAUGUUCAGAAUAUGUGUGUAUGAUGACAGUCUGUUGUUUUGGACAAUGGCAUCAUAAAUUACCAUAUUUGCAAUGGUAGUACUAAGACUUUACAUGAAAGGUUUCCAAACUCGGUUGCUUCAAUGGGGAUUCAGUCAGAUUUCCACAAAGGUACGUUGGCACGCAUAGAAAUCCUUUGGCUAUGUAUAGUUUUACUUCAAUGGCAAAUGGGAGGGGGUGAGGAUCUUAAUCGGAGAGAGGGAAAAGUGGCAAGGAAGAGUGAAAGGAGAGAAGUUCUUAUCCCUUUAAUUGUCAGUUAGAGAGGAUAGGAGUAAACACUAACACCCACGUCCCCCACCUCCUCCUCCUCCUUCGCCCCUCAUACCUCCUCCUCGCCACCCCUGGAACAAUUCACAAAGUCACUCUAAAACCCUGCAAUUAAGACAGAAAGGACCAGCAAAACCCUUGGAGCCCACUUCUCCUGCCAAAGCUAAGCUUUGGCGAAACAAAAACAGGUUUUUGCUGCCUGCACGGCCCCUCCUCCCCCUCCUCCUCCUCCUCUGCAACACUGAAAACAAAACAAAACCACACAGAGGACCACACUUAAAGGGCAUGUAGCAGCUAUUUCUGAAGGCCGAAACGUAUGUAAUAGUAACUGAGAGUACCCCAAGAAAACAUUCCCAAAUGUAAAACUGAAAUACAUUUUAAUAAUACUGUAAUUCUGUUCUAAAAGUCAGCUCUGACAAAUCAGCUCUAACUUCGGAAACAAUCCCACAGCGGCGGUCAGUGUCACACAUUGAGGAAAUAAAUAUCUGUGCUCACCCUUCAUAUACUUGUGAAAAAAAGCAAAAAACACUUAGGUUAGUAGUAUGGAGCUAGCUAGCAAUUGCAUUUUUAUUCAUCAAGAUGGCCAAGCUUUGUGUGGUAGCAGGGUGUAGCAACACUUGCUAUGCAAAUGUGAGCAUGCCUCUAUGGCCACGCAAAUUAAACAGUUUGCGAAAAGUGGAAUACAUUUGUGAGAAGGAAGCAGGCAAAUUUGGCAUCUAUUCGUCAAUCUGCGGGGCACAUUUCCUCCUUGAGAACUUCCAUGGCUAUCAACAAUGGAAGGAGGGCUUCAACAAAACGUUUUUUCUUCCAAAGUGGAUGGUGUCCCUACCAACAACGUGGCUGCAGCACCAGCAGAGACAGAGCACUAUCAGGGCUUCACCUGGUAAGUGAAAGAGCUAGCUUACUACCUCUAUGCUUAAGUUAGCUAGCUAUAGAGCUACCGCAUUUAGCUCACGUCUUCCAUCUAAAUAACACUGAUUAAUGUUAAAGUAACAUGUCUGCAAGCUGUUGGUAGCUAACGGCUGGUGCUGUCAUACUACAGAUAGUACAAGCCUAUGGGAAAAGAGCAGUUUUGGUCGAGAUGGAGGUCAAUGUUUCUGUAUAGAGCCCUGUGGCUGGGGCUGAAACUGUGUGUGUGUCUAUGUGUGUGGAUGGCAGGCUAAACCGAAAUGCGAUGCUUUGGCCAUGUAUUCAAUCGUGGAUCUGGUGGCAUUUUGGCCAAAGAACACAGGUUUUCUUUAGAGGGAUGGAUUUUGCUCAAUGGGAAAGUUUAUUUCUGGAGUUUAACGCAUGAGUUGUAUUUUGGGAGCUGCUGGCUGUCUGCACUUGGGCUCUCUGUGUGUGUGGAUGGCUCGUUGGAUGGUGUCUGUGGUGCCGGGGAAGUUUUCUACAGAGCCUUCUUGCGGGCUAAAAUUAAAUGCGACGCUUUGGUCAUGGAAUUGAUCGCGGAUCUGGGGUCAUUUUGGAGAAGUCCCAGAGACAGGCUUUCUUUAGAGGGGUGGAUUGUGGAUUAUGUUCAAUGGCAACGUUUAUUUUUUUUUAUCUAAGGAUCAAUGUUAUCACAGUUGCUUCUUUUUGAAGAGGCAUCAGCUAACAUUAGCUUGCUAUAGCUAGCUAUCCUCUAUCUCCAUUUCUGAAUGAAUUUGUGUCAGUUUGUGUACUGCCAUACAGUGGGGGAAAAAAGUAUUUAUUCAGCCACCAAUUGUGCAAGUUCUCCCACUUAAAAAGAUGAGAGAGGCCUGUAAUUUUCAUCAUAGGUACACGUCAACUAUGACAGACAAAAUGAGAAAAAUAAAUCCAGAAAAUCACAUUGUAGGAUUUUUAAUGAAUUUAUUUGCAAAUUAUGGUGGAAAAUAAGUAUUUGGUCAAUAACAAAAGUUUCUCAAUACUUUGUUAUAUACCCUUUGUUGGCAAUGACAUAGGUCAAACGUUUUCUGUAAGUCUUCACAAGGUUUUCACACACUGUUGCUGGUAUUUUGGCCCAUUCCUCCAUGCAGAUCUCCUCUAGAGCAGUGAUGUUUUGGGGCUGUCGCUGGGCAACACGGACUUUCAACUCCCUCCAAAGAUAUUCUAUGGGGUUGAGAUCUGGAGACUGGCUAGGCCACUCCAGGACCUUGAAAUGCUUCUUACGAAGCCACUCCUUCGUUGCCCGGGCGGUGUGUUUGGGAUCAUUGUCAUGCUGAAAGACCCAGCCACGUUUCAUCUUCAAUGCCCUUGCUGAUGGAAGGAGGUUUUCACUCAAAAUCUCACGAGACAUGGCCCCAUUCAUUCUUUCCUUUACACGGAUCAGUCGUCCUGGUCCCUUUGCUGAAAAACAACCCCAAAGCAUGAUGUUUCCACCCCCAUGCUUCACAGUAGGUAUGGUGUUCUUUGGAUGCAACUCAGCAUUCUUUGUCCUCCGAACACGACGUGUUGAGUUUUUACCAAAAAGUUAUAUUUUGGUUUCAUCUGACCAUAUGACAUUCUCCCAAUCCUCUUCUGGAUCAUCCAAAAGCAAACUUCAGAAGGGCCUGGACAUGUACUGGCUUAAGCAGGGGGACACGUCUGGCACUGCAGGAUUUGUGUCCCUGGCGGCGUAGUGUGUUACUGAUGGUAGGCUUUGUUACUUUGGUCCCAGCUCUCUGCAGGUCAUUCACUAGGUCCCCCUGUGUGGUUCUGGGAUUUUUGCUCACCGUUCUUGUGAUCAUUUUGACCCCACGGGGUGAGAUCUUGUGUGGAGCCCCAGAUCGAGGGAGAUUAUCAGUGGUCUUGUAUGUCUUCCAUUUCCUAAUAAUUGCUCCCACAGUUGAUUUCUUCAAACCAAGCUGCUUACCUAUUGCAGAUUCAGUCUUCCCAGCCUGGUGCAGGUCUACAAUUUUGUUUCUGGUGUCCUUUGACAGCUCUUUGGUCUUGACCAUAGUGGAGUUUGGAGUGUGACUGUUUGAGGUUGUGGACAGGUGUCUUUUAUACUGAUAACAAGUUCAAACAGGUGCCAUUAAUACAGGUAACGAGUGGAGGACAGAGGAGCCUCUUAAAGAAGAAGUUACAGGUCUGUGAGAGCCAGAAAUCUUGCUUUUUUGUAGGUGACCAAAUACUUAUUUUCCACCAUAAUUUGCAAAUAAAUUCAUUAAAAAUCCUACAAUGUGAUUUUCUGGAUUUUUUUUCCUCAAUUUGUCUGUCAUAGUUGACGUGUACCUAUGAUGAAAAUUACAGGCCUCUCUCAUCUUUUUAAGUGGGAGAACUUGCACAAUUGGUGGCUGACUAAAUAUUUUUUUCCCCCACUGUAUGCACGCACCACAUUUCCAUUAUUUAUUUUUUAGAUUUUUUUUAAACAAGUAUUUUUUUGAAUUUCACUUCACCAAUUAGGACUAUUUUGUGUAUGUGCAUUACAUGAAAUCCAAAUAAAAAUCAAUUUAAAAUACAGGUUGUAAUGCAACAAAAUAGGAAAAGCGCCAACAGGGAUGAAUAAUUUUGCAAGGCAUUGUAACAUAGCUAAAUAUGUCACCGGUAUGGGCCAGUAAAUAUCCUAAAGCUAGCCAGCUAGACAGUGAUAGCCGCAGCUAAAACCAGGGAGAGAGGGAGGAGAGAAUUAACUUUCUGUUUCAUCUGCUGCUGGCUUGAUAAUGUUCACUCAAAUACGUUUUUCCACAUGUAAUUGAUGAAAUUAGAAUUUUAUUCUAUAAAGAUUGUAAUUGUGUCAAUAUGUUGUGACUAGUGUAGAAGAAUCCUCACUGACAUAUUCCAUACUUAAACGUGUUGCGCACCAGCUUAUCAUCUACGUUAGGCUCACCGUGUGAGUCAUCAAAAUUACGAUCUUGCGUUCAAGCCUUUCCAUGUGUUUACGUGUGGGGAGCAUAAAUUGUAAACUAACAAAUAUUUUUUCAAGUUGGAACCCAUGUAUAUUAGGUAAUAUACAGCCUCAACUACAUAAAUGUCUGAAAGGAUCCAUUAUAUGCUACCUGGACUUUAAGAACCUGGUCUGAAACUAGGGUGUGACCAGAGCUGAACCACCCAAGGGAAGUGUGUGUGUGUGUGUGUGUGUGUGCGUGUGUGUGUGAUUGUGUGAUUGUGCGUACAUGUGUGGGCCGCAGACAUGCAAUUAUACAUUUUACAGCUAAUGAAUGUUAUAAUAAGAUAGACCAUAAUGCAUUGCAGUCUACAGUAAUAUAUUGUAAACUGAAAAAGCAGCACAUUACAGUAUGAUUUAAAAAAUUACAUCAAUUCGUUACAGUGUAACUAAAACGUCCAAUUAUUUAUAGAACUGAGGUGACACUCCAUUCAGGUGAUCCUCAAGUUAUCUCUGAACUUCCUGUGUGUGAGAAGAACCCGGCCACCCACACGCCCACACAAAGCCAGCCUACACCUGAAACAAGCCAGAAAGUGGUUUACUUGCUCAACUGAAAUGCUGAAAAUGUUAGUACAUUUCUGAAUUAGACCAUCACAAGCAUAGGUCAUAUUUUAUUGUACAGUGCCUUGCAAAAGUAUUUUCCUAUUUUGUUGCAUUACAACCUGUAAAUUAAAUGGAUUUUUAUUUGGAUUUCAUGUAAUGGACAUACACAAAAUAGUCCAAAUUGGUGAAGUGAAAUGAAGAAAAAAAUAACUUGUUUCAAAAAAGUAUUACAAAAAAAAAUUAAAAAGUGGUGUGUGCAUAUGUAUUCACCCCCUUUGCUAUGAAGCCCCUAAAUAAGAUCUGGUGCAACCAAUUUUCUUCAGAAGUCACAUAAUUAGUUAAAUAAAGUUCACCUGUGUGCAAUCUAAGUGUCACAUGAUCUGUCACAUGAUCUUAGUAUAUAUACACCUGUUCUGAAAGGCCCCAGAGUCUGCAACACCACUAAGCAAGGGGCACCACCAAGCAAGAGGCACCAUGAAGACCAAGGAGCUCUCCAAACAGAUCAGGGACAAAGUUGUGGAGAAGUAGAGAUCAGGGUUGGGUUGUAAAAAAAUAUCAGAAACUUUGAACAUCCCACGGAGCACCAUUAAAUCCAUUAUUAAAAAAUUUAAAGAAUAUGGCACCACAACAAAACUGCCAAACUCACGGACCAGACAAGGGGGGCAUUAAUCAGAAGCAACAAAGAGACCAAAGAUAACCCUGAAGGAGCUGCAAAGCUCCACAACGGAGAUUGGAGCAUCUGUCCAUAGGACCACUUUAAGCCGUACACUCCACAGAGCUGGGCUUUACGGAAGAGUGGCCAGAAAAAAGCCAUUGCUUAAAGAAAAAAUAAGCAAACAUGUUUAGUGUUCGCCAAAAGGCAUGUGGGUGACUCCCCAAACAUAUGGAAGAAGGUACUCUGGUCAGAUGAAGCAUGGUGGUGGCAGCAUCAUGCUGUGGGGAUGUUUGUCAUCGGCAGGGACUGGGAAACUGGUCAGAAUUGAAGGAAUGACGGUGCUAAAUACAGGGAAAUUCUUGAGGGAAACCUGUUUCAGUCUUCCAGAGAUUUGAGACUGGGACGGAGGUUCACCUUCCAGCAGGACAAUGACCCUAAGCAUAAUGCUAAAGCAACACUCGAGUGGUUUAAGGGGAAACAUUAAAAUGUCUUGGAAUGGCCUAGUCAAAGACCAGACCUCAAUCCAAUUGAGAAUCUGUGGAAUGACUUAUAGAUUGCUGUCCACCAGUGGAACACAUCCAACUUGAAGGAGCUAGAGCAGUUUUGCCUUGGAAGAAUGGGCAAAAAUCCCAGUGGCUAGAUGUGCCAAGGUUUUGGAGACAUACCCCAAGAGACUUGCAGCUGUAAUUGCUGCAAAAGGUGGAUCUACAGAGUUUUGAGUUUGGGGGGGUGAAUAGUUUGUUUGUUUCACAAGAAAAAAUAUUUUGCAUCUUCAAAGUGGUAGGCAUGUUGUGUAAAUCAAAUUAUACAAACCCCCCAAAAAAUCGAUUUUAAUUCCAGGUUAUAAGGCAACAAAAUAGGAAAAAUGCCAAGGGGGGUGAAUAUUUUCGCAAGCCACUGUAAAUGACACCUUAUUUUAACUUUAGUUGCAUGCAGUAGUCAUGCUGAGAAGCCAGAAAUUACACCUAAAUGAGACAGAAUUAAAAUGUACAAAAUUAUUUUCCUGACGAAGCAUGGCAAAUUGCACCUUUUCCUCCCUACAUAAAUGCUGAAACAUGACAAGCUGAAAAUACAGUGCAUUCGGAAAGUAUUCAGACCGCUUGAAUUUUUCCACAUUUUGUUACAUUACAGCCUUAUUCUAAAAUGGAUUAAAUAAAACAUAUUCCUCAUCAAUCUAAACAAUACCCCAUAAAGACACAGCGAAAACAGGUUUUUAGUAUUUCUUUCAAAUUUAUGAAAAAUUAAAAGCAGACAUACCUUAUUUACAUAAGUAUUCAGACCCUUUGCUAUGAGACUCAAAAUUCAGAUCAGGGGCAUCCUGUUUCCAUUGAUAAUUCUUGAGAUGUUUCUACAACUUGAUUGGAGUCCACCUGUGGUAAAUUCAAUUGAUUGGACAUGAUUUGGAAAGGCACACACAAUGCAUGUCAUUGCAAAAACCAAGCCAUGAGGUCGAAGGAAUUGUCUGUACCGCUCCGAGACAGGAAUGUGUCGAGGCACAGAUCUGGGGAAGGGUACCAAAAAAUGUCUGCAGCAUUAAAGGUCCCCAAAAACAGAGUUGCCUCCAUCAUUCUUAAAUGGAAGAAGUUUGGAACCAGCAAGACUCUUCCUAGAGCUGGCCUCCUGGCCAAACUGAGCAAUCGGAGAAGAAGGGCCUUGGUCAGGGAGGUGACCAAGAACCCGAUGGUCACUCUGAUAGAGCUCCAGAGUUCAUCUGUGGAGAUGGGAGAACCUUCCAGAAGGACAACCAUCUCUGCAGCACUCCACCAAUCAGGCCUUCAUGCUAGUGUGGCCAGAAGGAAGCCACUCCUCAAUAAAAGCACAUGACAGCCCACUUGGAGUUUGCCAAAAGGCACCUAAAGACUCUCCGACCAUGAGAAACAAGAUUCUCUGGUCUGAUGAAACCAAGAUUGAACUCUUUUGCCUGAAUGCCAAGCGUCACGUCUGGAGGAAAUGUGGCACCAUCUCUACGGUGAAGCAUGGAUGUGGCAGCAUCAUGCUUUGGGGAUGUUUUUCAGCGUCAGGGACUGGGAGAGUAGUCAGGAUCGAGGGAAAGAUGAACGGAGCAAAGUACAGAGAGAUCCUUGAUGAAAACCUGCUACAGAGCACUCAGGACCUCAGACUGGGGCGAAGGUUCCCGUUCUAACAGGACAAUGACCCUAAGCACACAGCCAAGACAAUGCAGGAGUGGCUUCGGGACAAGUCUCUGAAUGUCCUUGAGUGGCCCAGCCAGAGCCCAGACUUGAACCCGAUCUAACAUCUCUGGAGAGACCUGAAAAUAGCUGUGCAGCGACGCUCCCCAUCCAACCUGACAGAGAUUGAGCGGAUCUGCAGAGAAGAAUGUGAGAAACUCCCCAAAUACAGGUGUGCCAAGCUUGUAGCGUCAUACCCAAUAAGACUUGAGGAUGCAACAAAGUCAAGGGUCUGAAUACUUAUGUCUGUGAUAUUUCCGAGGGGGGGGGGGGUUAAAUAUAAAUUUGCAAACAUUUCUCAAAACCUGUUUUUGCUUUGUCAUUAAGGGGUAUUGUGUGUAGAUUGAUGAGGGGGGGGGGGGGGGGCAAAACAAUGUAAUCCAUUUUAGAAUAAGGCUGUAACGUAACAAAGUGGAAAAAGUCAAGGGGUCUGAAUACUUUUCAAAUGCACUGUAUGUUUAAAUAUCAUUGUGAGGUGUGAGGGUAAUGAUAAUAAAGAUGACAGAAACUAGAUUUCUAUGAAUUGCCACCGUUAAAAGUCAUGAACAGUCAAAACCAUCGUUUUUUUUUUUGCUUGACAUAGCCUGUCUUUUCAAACUUCCUGCUGGUAGUUAGCCAUGAAAGAGAAAUUGCUUUUCAGAAUGACUGUUCAGGACCUUUAAACUAUCAUGCAAUAUGACACUGAGGAUGGAAUGUGUCACUAACUCAUUCCUCAUUCUCUGGAACAUGUAUGUAGCCAACUUUCUAUUGCUCAAUUGAUCCAAUGCACAGUUGAAGCUAGAAAUCGUUUAGAAAAUAUACCACCAGCAUCAUUACAAUAAAUACAGUACACCCCUACCCUCUUCCUCCUCCUCCUUCCUCAAUACUGCCCCUUUCCCUUCUCUCUCUCUCUCUCUCUCUCUCUCUUACCUCACGUCUCAUACAAUACCAUGUUAAUGUAUCACUCAAAGGUAUGUUCCUUUCAUUUAACUGCCAGUUGAGUUGAGGUGGGGGUAUAUGCAUGUCUACCCAUGACAGACGUUUGGUUAAAUUAAUUCCCCAUGUCUCUUAACUAUCUGUUCUCGGUUUAAACAUUAACUCUGCGCCAUCCAAUGGACGGAGUCCUGCGCACAGGUGCCGUAGGAGGAUUUGUAUCUCUCCAUCAUAUCUGCUCCUGAGCAGAAUGACUUGAUGAUGCGGCUAUAUACUCAUUCACCGUGCAAAAUAAAAUAAGUAUUAGUGUAAGCUACUGCAUUAAGGGACAUGCAUAAUAACGCAUCUUGAUUCGUUCUGAUUAAAUGAAACAAGCCGCGCAGAUGUGGAUCACCAAGACUCCAACUGUCCAAUAUCACACGUCACAAGUUUGACAGCUUUAGAUCGUCAAAUCAGAUUGCGUGGAGAGAGGGGAUAGGGCUCAGUCUUCACUGCUACUGCAAAAUUAAGAUUAGUUGUAGCCUACUUAAUCACCUCCCCCAACCCACGCAGCAGUUCUCCAUACAGGUUCGGAGCGUUCCCGGAGCCCCACACGCGCCCUACUCCGUGUGACCCUACCUUCACCAUGGUGAGUGUCCUGGUCACAUCAUUUGACAGUUAAACAUUCAUGUAUGUUUUGUUUGUCCAUUUUCCUAAUAAUAUGGACUUUUUAGUUGUGUUAAUGUUCAUCAGCGCAUGGUGACCAUGAUGCGCGAUUUUACGCACAGUGUUCCCCGGCAAUUUGAUGCAUUUGCAGACUUGCAUGUGACGAGUUUUAUAAAUACAUUUGAUUAAACGUUUUGUAAAACAUAGCGUAGCCUACCUACAAUGUUGACUGAAGUGCUGAGAUUUUGUGAGCUGGAGCCAUGAUCGGGAAUUUGCACAGUUUCGAUAAGGCAGACGCAACAGGUAGAUAGAUGAUGCUGAUCGCUGUAACUCUCGAGGAACUUUAUCCGUAUCUCACAUUACGGCGUGGAAAAUUGUGGAUUGCUUGUGGCGUUGAUUUAAUUAUUCAGUUAUAUUUUAUACACAUCUGAUAGUUGUUUAUUCGAUCUGACUGGAAUUCACAUCAAAUAAGGAUGUUGCAUCUAAGCAUGAUUGAAGCCAAUUUAUUUAAUAGUUCCAUGUUAGAGAGUAAGAGAGACAGACAGAGUUCACAAUGUAUCACCAUUUAUCCCAAUUAAUCACAUCUGUCUACAUUAGGUGAUGGAUUAUUGUCACAAUUGAUAAUCAUGAACAUGUUAUAAUAUACAAUUAGGUCUUUUAUUGAUAAACUAUCACUUCAUUGAUGAGGUAUCCCUCGUGCCUAUUUGUUUUACAGAGCACAGCCCUGACUUGUCAAGAUCUGAGCUUUGUAGGGGGCCAACUCUACAACUGCCCUUACCCAGCCCCAACGUCCGCAGACAGUGUUGACGUUUCCACGGUGACUCUGGCCUCCUUUUGGGCCGCUGGUCCCCCGGACGACACAGCCUGCCAGCACGAGCCGACACAGCGGGGUAAGUCUGUUGAAAUUAAUUUUUACUUCGCAGUGAUAUGCCAGGUUCAGCGCGAGACUCCAUGUGGCUGGCUCGUUUAUCACUGAAAGUUUCCUAAUUUGGAUAUCACAUAAUAGGAUUGAUUUAAAAUCACAUCCUAAGGUUUUUGACUCCGUUUUUUUUCUUCAAAUCGUUUGUUUAUUUUCUCUAUACUGUACACAUUACUUACUCAUGUAGGCCUAUCUAUCACAGGCCUUUACUGCUGUUUGCCGCUAUUAUUGUUAAAUUUCUGAUAUUUAGGGUAAUGUCUUUGUCUUCUCUUCCACCUAGAACUCUACUCCUGCUUGGACUUUGGGACCUCUCGACCUGACCCCAUCUGGACUGACCACCUGUCACCACAUUUGCAGAGAAACAAGCAGGUAGCUAUUUACACGAACAAAACUGGAGGGUUUCUUCCAUCAGAAUUUCAGGUGCUACCUGAAAGGGCGGCAGGUAGCUUAGUGGUUAAGAGCGUUGUACCAGUAACCGAAAGGUCGCUGGUUCUAAUCCCCAAGCCGACUAGGUGAAAAAUCUGCCGAUGUGCCCUUGAGCAAGGCACUUAACCCUAAUUGCUCCUGUAAAUCGCUCUGGAUAAGAGCGUCUGCUAAAUGACCAAUUUAUUUAAAUUCAUUCAGAGCAGAAACUAUCCACUCAAUGAUUCUAUUAAAAGCUGUGGGUUGUGUGUGAAGUGUGCAGGGGCGUAGGAGCCAGAGGGACAGGGGGGACCCCAAUGUUAGAAGCAGGUCAAAUGUCCCCUCAAUAAUAAAAUAAAUAAAUGACUUUUAUUUUGAAAAAAUGAGUCACCAGAUUAAUUGAGGAACUUUUAUUUUGAAAAGGCCUCUGCUGCUGGAAUGUGAGUCACUUCCCCCACCUCCACUGACUGCUUCAUUCUCACUCUUGGUUGUUACAAGCAGUGUGGCAGUGUGUGAGUGAGAUAAAAAGCACUGUGCAGCACCGCCAUUAUUACUCACCGCACUGGGGAAAGUAAUUGUUGUUGGCAACAACAAAGUCCGUUUAAGUAAAGAGUGUAUGAAUGUGAAUAAACUGUGAUAUGUUAGAACGAAAGUGAGCUUUCUCCUGGCUAGUAGCUAGUUAGCUUUACAUUUACGGUUUUAGUCAUUUUUAGUUGUGUCAGGUUUUAUCUAACUAGCUAACGCUAGGUUUUAUCUAACUAGCUAACUUCUGGCUGUGUAAAAAACUGAUAGUGAAUGUUUUGAAGCCAAUAAUACUUGCUAGCUACAGAGUUACUUGCACAAUCACUGGCAUAGGGUCAGCAAAUUAGCAAUGGAUGUGCCACCAGUCAAGAAGAUUUAAAAAAAGAGGACAUAAGAGUUUUUUUCAAAGGAGUGCAUAGGACUUGGAAACUGCCAGUACACCACCCCUGGCAAAUUUGCUUGCACAUUUUAGUGAUUUCAUCUUAGAUGUCUUUGACUUCAUCACAUGAUUAUGGGUCAUGAAGGUGUGUUCCAUGUGUUAAGACUUUGGUGCUAUCAUAAUCAUGGCAGGAGCGUAACAGCCAUGAACAGACAGACAGGCAGAGAGAGUGAGAGAGAGGCCAAAAGCAACAGGUAAUACAGUGAGAAGUGCCUCUCCAAGCUCAUAGAGUUCAUAGACGGAUGAUAUGUCAUAGUGUGAAUCAAUCUGAAUGAUCAUAUAUGAUCUCUGAUGAAAUGAUAGCAGUUUAAGUCAAGAGGAUUUAUUGCAUGUGUUAACUUCAUGCAGGAGAGAGGCAGCCAUGAUUAUAUUUCAUUUUUGGUCAUUGUGUAGAGUUGAUUAAUUUCAGUUUGACCAAUUUUUUUAUUUAUUAAAACAGUUUUUAACUUUGUAUGUUACUGGUUAUUAUUACAGUAUAAUAACUGUAUUAUACGUUGAAAAUAUUACCAUACAGUAUGUAUAGCACUAUUAGUAACAACCUGACAUAGGGGAACUGAGAAAAAUACUAGGAAAUUAAUCAUAAUGCAGUAGAGAAAGAGUACAAAAUGGUUGUUUAAUUUAAUAUAUCCACAUUAACAGUCACACAGUAUGAAUGGCCAUGGCCCUACGACUGAUUGACUGUACCAGAGUAAGUGCCCCUCUGCAAGCCCCCCCUUAGCCUUGUAAAUGUGCCCAUUUGUAAGUUAAGAUUAGUCUCUAUCCCCCCCAGAAUCGUAGCAAACACAAGGUGCAAGUUCGAAAUGUGGUUGUGCAUCAGCAUAUUUUUUUUUUGUCUUAUGUCUCUUGUUGGGAAGUUAGUCUAGCCAGCUGUCUAAAUGUGUAGUUGACCGACCUCCAGGGGGCCCCCAUUGAUUUUGCUAGUCAAUCUCACUCAAAUUUCAUUAACAUGGCAUAAGUCAUGGCAAAAUGUGCAGAAUUGCAGAAAAUUAGCUUUAAAACUGCACAUAUUUUCUCUCCACCCCAUGGCAAAAUGGGUAGAAUUGCAGGAAAUGUACUUUAAAACUGAUUUUUUUUCUCUCUCUGCUGUCAAGAGUGGAGCCACUAAAAUGGAUUUUUCAUCUUCUGUUUUUCUUCUUCUUUUUCUUCUUCAAAUGAGUAAAUAAAAUAAUGAAUAUAUCAUUUGUACUGUAGAUACUUACAAAUGUUUCUUUCAUUUUCCUAAGCUUCAAGACACGUUGAUACAAAGAGAGGGGGAACUGGCAAGACUGCAUGAGGAAAAUAACAAACUCAAAGAAUUCUUAAACUCCUCAUUUGUGAAAACGUUGGAGGAAAAAACUAAGGUAAUUACUUCAUAAUCAAAGAUCAUUCAUGGCUGAUUGGUUGAUUAAUUUCAGCUGAGUUUAUCUCUAGUUAUCUCUAAAGUCUAUCUCUAAAUGUAGCAUAAUAAGUGUGCCCUUUGGAAAGCCUAGUUUUCCCAGUUUACAGAGGUGUAGUUUCUCUCAAACAGCCUCCUCACUUGUGUUCAUCCUUUUCCAUAGAGACUUCUCUCUGCUCAGAGUGGCGAUAGGAGGAGGAACCGGAAGCGGAAUUCCAAAAUCCAGAAUCUGCAUGGUGUUGGAGAAUUCCGGAACCUCAGUGCCAGUCAGCUUCUCCUUGGUUCUCAGGUGAAACGGACCUGCCGGAACUUGUCCCUGCAGUUCUGUUCCGAAGAGGAGCUAGCCAGCACCCCACCUGUGGACCUGUGGAUCCUGCAGACCUUGGGCCUGAAGGACGAGGACACCAUCGAUACAACAUCCACUGAAUACAGCUUCAAUUCCUCCAUUGACUCCCUCACCAAAUGCAGCUCCAACACAGACUCCUCUGGUGACUACUGCCAAACAACCAAUCAUAAAACCAUCGCUUAUGACACACCUACUGAUGGCCCUGGCCAUGGUGCCAGAAUAGGACAAUACACUGAUUACUGCUUUAACACCAACAUUGACUAUAGUGUCUCUACAGACUCCGGCUCUAACUUCACUGGAACUGUGCCCUCCAUCCAAUACAACCCUAGCAUAGAAGUCACCCCCAAUUUCCAGGCCACCCCGUAUGAACCCCCACUGGCCCAAUUGGUCAACACUCUCUCGUCAACUGACCCAAUACAGCCAUUCAGGCCCAUCUUAGCCUCCUCUACCUAUCUGUCUCAGGACAGGAGUCCCGGGCUGCACCACACUCCCAGCCCGCAGUGCCGCAGCCCCUCCAGUCCUGUAGGGGGUGAUGUGACGACUCAGUACCCUGAACUGUCUACCCCACGUAGCCGGACAGAGCUAGCUUUCAGCAUGUCCCUAAACCCUUCCAGCAGCGUCAGACUCAAGACACACAGCUUUCCUCAGGGACAGGCCUUCGUCCGCAAGGACACCCAUGGAGGCUGGAACUUCACCUGGGUCCCCAAACAAGGCCCAUAA